AAAUUCCUUUUGUUCAAUACAAAAUUAUUAUGUUUGUCUAUUUUUUGUUAUAAUUUUAAAUUUAUCUGAUCAGUAAAUAUGUUUACAGUCUCUUUUCAGAUUCAGUCAAUAAUAUUUUUAGUGAAUAUAAUCAUCUUUAGCGAUGGUUUUUAUGUUCCUGGAGUUGCACCGGUGGAGUAUAGAAAAGGGCAAAGAAUUGAAGUUAGAGCUGUUAAAAUGACAAGUAUACAUACGCAACUACCAUAUGAAUAUUAUUCAUUACCACUUUGUAUACCAAAAAACGGCACCUUUCAGUACAAAUCGGAGAAUUUGGGUGAAGUGUUAAGAGGUGAUCGCAUUGUAAAUACUCCAUAUGAAAUACAUAUGGCAGAGAACAUAAAAUGCAGACUUCUAUGUCAUAAACAGAAUAACCCAAUUAAUUGGAAUGUUGAAGAAUCUGAAAAAGUUGCAAGUCGCAUUGAACAUGAAUACUUCGUACAUUUGUUAGUGGAUAAUUUACCAGUGGCUACAAAAAUUAUAAAUACUGAUACUUCAGAACGAAGUAUAGAACAAGGUUAUCGUUUAGGAUUCAUGUCUAAGGGCAAAGCUUAUAUAAAUAACCAUUUAAAAUUACUCCUAAAAUAUCACAAGCAUAGCCAAGAUUCAUAUCGAGUGGUGGGUUUCGAAGUAGAGACAUAUUCAGUGGAUAAAAGUGAAUUGACUUUCGCGGAUGAUUCAUGUCACUUUCCAUCCGAACCAAAGCCCCAACUUGUUAACGAAGACACUGGAACUAAGUUAUACUUCACAUACUCUGUUGAGUGGGGAGAGUCAGAUAUUGAAUGGGCAUCAAGAUGGGAUAUUUAUUUAGGCAUGAAGGAUGUACAAAUACACUGGUUUUCUAUUGUCAAUUCAAUAGUGGUGCUUUUCUUCCUUUCAGGUAUUCUAACUAUGAUCAUGGUCCGAACUCUAAGAAGAGACAUUGCUAGAUAUAAUUCUGAUGAAAAUAUUGAAGAUAUGAUUGAGGAGACAGGUUGGAAACUAGUGCAUGGAGAUGUAUUUAGGCCACCCCCAAAGCGAAUGCUCUUUGCAGCUGUAAUAGGAAGCGGCAUUCAAGUUUUUCUGAUGUCUCUAAUAACUAUCUUUAUUGCUAUGCUUGGAAUGUUAUCACCAGCGAGUCGGGGAGCUCUAAUGACAGCUGCAAUAUUCCUCUAUGUGUUUAUGGGGCUCAUAGCUGGUUAUUACUCAGCCCGCUUGUACAACACAAUGAAGGGAAAGCAAUGGAAGCAGGCUGCAUUCCUGACUGCCACACUUUAUCCAGCAAUCGUUUUUGGAACAUGCUUCUUUUUAAACUUUUUCAUUAUGGGUAAACACUCCAGUGGGGCAGUACCUUUUUCAACUAUGAUGGCUCUAUUGUGUUUAUGGUUUUGUAUAUCCUUGCCUUUGGUGUAUUUGGGCUAUUAUUUUGGAUGUCGAAAACAACCGUUUCAACAUCCAGUUCGAACAAAUUUUAUACCCAGAAAAGUACCUGAGCAAGUUUGGUAUAUGAACACAUUUAUUUGCAUUUUGAUGGCUGGUAUACUUCCAUUUGGAGCUGUAUUUAUAGAGCUUUUCUUUAUAUUUAAUGCUCUAUGGGAAAAUCAAUUUUACUAUCUUUUUGGAUUCCUGUUUUUAGUAUUUUGCAUACUAGUUGUAUCAGUAUCACAGAUUUCAAUUGUUAUGGUGUAUUUUCAACUCUGCGGUGAGGAUUAUCACUGGUGGUGGAAAAGUUUUAUCAUAUCUGGAGGGUCAGCUGUGUAUAUUCUCAUUUACUCAAUAUUCUACUUCUUCACAAAAUUGGAAAUUACUGAGUUUAUACCCACCUUGCUUUAUAUUGGUUACACAGGCCUCAUGGUGUUAACUUUUUGGCUUUUGACUGGAACAAUUGGAUUCUUUGCCGCAUACACAUUUAUUAGAAAAAUCUAUGCUGCAGUGAAAAUUGAUUAAGUCAUUCUUGAGAAGAUAUUCAAGUUAAUAAAUCACUUUUCAAAUUAAAAUUAGGUAUGUGCGUGAAUUAAAAAAAAAAUCAGUUUGCUGAUUUGGUUGUGUGUAAAAAGACUUAUUGUUUGAAUAUUAAUCGUAAAGUUACAAUUGCAUAUUAUUUCUGGACCAUUGUAAAAAGUAGUUUAAAUUUUAAUAAUGCUUUAUUAAAUUUAUGUAGGAUUAAGGACAUUUUACCAAUCUUUAGUUAAGUGUGUGAUAACUGAUCCAAUGUAAAAUGUAAAAGUAUGAGUUGGGUGACUUGUUGUAUAAUAUCAUUAGUUACUAAUUAUUUUUUACCCUAGUAAAUCUAAACGAUGACUU